UUCACAUAUUCACCGUUUCAGGAAGCACGCCAUUUUGAGGAAAAAUUUGCAAGAAAUUACAGGUUUUAAGUGGUUUUAGAAUGGGGACACGUAUAUAUAUAGGGAGAGUUUCACACCAUGCUAGAGAAAGAGAUAUAGAGAGGUUCUUUAAGGGCUAUGGACGUAUUCGAGAUGUGAUGCUGAAGAAUGGAUACUGUUUUGUGGAGUUUGAAGACGAUCGUGAUGCCGAUGAUGCUGUCUACGAAUUGAAUGGUAAAGAACUUAUGGGUGAAAGGGUUGUGAUAGAACAUGCACGUGGUACAAGACGCGAUCGUGGCGGAGGAUAUGGUGGUGGUGGUGACCGUGGAUACGGUGGUGGUGGUGGUGGUGGCAGAAGUUUCAGGCGUGAUCCUAGUUGGCUAUCAAAAUAUGGACCACCAACUAGAACAGAUUACCGAGUAAUUGUUGAGAAUCUAUCAUCCCGCGCUAGCUGGCAGGAUUUAAAGGAUUAUAUGCGACAAUCUGGGGAAGUAACUUAUGCUGAUGCACACAAACAGAGGAAAAAUGAAGGCGUUGUUGAUUUCACCUCGAAGGCUGAUAUGAAACGAGCAAUUGAGAAGUUGGAUGGGACAGAGAUUAACGGGCGCAAGAUCAGGAUGAUUGAAGAUCGACCAAGUAGGAGGAGGAGAAGCUACAGUAGAAGUAGGUCUCGAUCCAGAAGUCGCAGCAGGACGCGCUCUCGCAGCCGAUCUAGAAGCAGGAGCCGAAGCAGGUCAAACAGAAGCAGCAGGAGCAGAAGUAGGUCAAGGUCAGAAAAGAGAUCCAGGUCACGGUCACGAUCAGAAAAGAGAUCCAGGUCAAGGUCAAAAACAAGGUCAAAGUCACCAGAUAUGAAGGAUGAAGACCGGGAUGAUAAUUGAACUUGAAAUUACCAUUCUUAACAUUCAUACAUUUUUCCAUUCAUACAUAUGUAGCAGUGAGAGGUUGAGAUAAAAAGUACCUACAAUUUCAUGUAGAAAUAGCAUGUUCUCAAAUAAGUGUUGGGGAUUAAUUGUCUCGCUACAUGUAAAUGUACAUUGAUUUAGCUACUGAGCUACACAAUUAGGUGGCACAAGCUGUGGUAAAAUUAUUAUUAUAUAACAGUACUUCCCACUAGUUUAUAUUUUGUUUUUUUAGACACUGCAGUCACCUUAUAUAAUUAUAUAAAAUAUAUAAUAAAUUUUUUACACAUACUGGGGCAGACUUAAUAUUUCAGCCUCUCAGUUUACAACAAUUUCAUUUUGUUAUGUCUCAGUGUGACUUACAUGUUUGUUUGUUUUUAUGAUUUUGAGGUAAGUUUGAUCACAAUGUUUAAUCUUGUGUAUGCAACAGUAUUCAUAGAGUGAUAAGGCCUCCCACCAUUUGAAUGGGUCGUAAUGUUUUACAUCAUUGAUGAAAAGUUGUUAUUCGUUUACUUGUAAUUUUUUACUGACAGAAAUAAUUGUUAUCCUUACAGCAGCGUGCUUGUGGACAUGCAUCAGACUUUGAGACAAUGGUCAUUUGUUAAAAAGAGAUAAACUUCAUUCUUUUUUUUUUUUUUUUUUUUGAGAAUUAAGAGAAUUCUUUGGUAUAUUAGUAAUAGUCGAAAAAAAUGGAUAAAUAAAGUAAUUAAGUCACUUCUCUGUAGCAUGGAUAUAUUAAAAUAGCCCGCUUAGCUCAAUAGGAAGAAUGUAGGUACAUGAAUCAUGAGGUUGUGUAUUUGAUCCCUGGGCGAGGCGUAUGUUCUUGAUAAUUUGACAGACAUUAUUUCUAAAAUCAUUCGUCGUCCACCUCUGAUUUAUGGGGGAAGUUGGCAGUUACUUGCAGGGAACUGGUUUGUACUGUUACAGAAUCCAGGAACAUCAGUUAGGUUAACUGCCAGCAGUUGAACAACUGAAAUACUGUUGAAACACGGUGUUAAAUCUGAAACAAAUAUAAUAACUUAUAUGUAGAAAAAAAAUCUGUUUACUGAGUUAGUUACAGCAUAAAAUUAUGUUGAAGAUUAGGCAUUUAGUUUUUUCAAAAUUUGUUGAUGUAAUUAAUACUACAUUUGAUAUACUACCUUUUAUUGACAUUGCAAAUAGUUUUGAAAAUUGUGAUGAGGUUAAGGACAUCUGUAGGCAUAAUAACCAAUUAGUAAUAUGUUGUAAUUGAAUAUCACUCAUUUGGUAUUUUUUACAUAAAGCUAUAAUGUGCAGUCUAGCAACUAUUAGGUAUAUCUCACUGUAACAAAAUAAAAUACCUUUCCACACAUUUAACAGACUUAUUUUUGAAAAAAAAAAGAAUUGCUUUAAACUCGUGGAAUAGCAUUUUUAUCUUUUAAAUUUUCAUUGACUAAUGUGUAAAGAUCUAGUUCCCAGUUUCAGUAAGAAAAGGGACAUCAAUCUGAUGGUAUGCAGAUUUAUGCUUCUUUGUGGAUUUUCAUUACUUAAAAUCCAGUUACUAUUCAUUUUUGCAUACUAUAUUAUACAUUUAACAGUAUUGUAACACCAGGGGAAACGGGAUUUUUUUUCUGAAAUCUUAAAGACAAAAGUACCCGGUAGUGUUUAAAACAAAGUUCUUUAAUCUUCUGAAGAUGAAACUUAAAAACUCACGUUUGUAUACCAGCACAUGCACACACAUGGAUGCAAUAUAGUUCUUCAAACUUUAAAAAGUCAUAUCAUUGAAAUAGCAUUCAUUUUAUGAGAAUAAUUGAAGUAGUCAUUCUGACACUUGCUCAUUCCAUGUUUACUUUGUGAAACCUUUUUAUCUGUUGUUGUAUCAGAAUGUAUUUCUGAUGCACCAUAAUUGUUCAUUAAUUUGCUGUCAAAUGUUUGGUCCCGUUUUAAAAGCAGUCAGCAAGUUAGGUAGUUAGAAGUCAUACUGGGAAUCUCUUCAGUUGAACAAAAAUCAUACUGUAAAUAUAGGCAUGUUAUCACCUAGAUCAUCAUUGUAAGUUUUUAUUGAAAUAAAAUGUGAAAGAAAA